AUGAUGGGUAGCGAAACACUUAGGGGUACGGCAAAGCUAUCUGCCGUAAAAGGCUUGCUAGACUGCCUCACUCUUGACUUGAAGGAACACAACCUCUCCUCACAAGAGCGUGACGUGGCGCUCGAGCAGUUGAAAGUUUAUGGGAGAGAUCCCCGCGAUGCAGACCCCAUCUUUACAAAAGAAGGAAUAUCAACGCUGGCUGCGCACUCCUUCGAUGGCUCGUCAGAUACAAUAUCCAGAAAUGCGCUACGCUGCCUGGCCAAUGCAAUGCUUCUUCAACCCAGCUCCCGCCAAGAGUUCGUUGAUCUUGGAUAUCAUAUUAAGGCAUGCGCCAAGCUUGCAAGUGAUAGUUGGGACGACGAGUUCCUGAUUUCGCGGGUUCUGAUGCUGGCAGCAAACGCUAGAACGAUUGAUCAUGAGGUAUUGAUUACAAAGCAUGGCCUUGCAGAUCUUAUUGCCGCAAGGUUAGAGAGACAUGUCGACUUCUUGUCAGACGAGUGCUCAAGCUCGAACACCAUUGAGGGUAUGGCGCUCAGCGAAACUCUCAAGAUGAUGUUCGCUUUCCUACGGUUUUGUCCGAAACAUAGUGCGAGAUUCACAGGCGCCGCAGGCCAUAUUUUAACACUAAUAUGUCAGCGGCCGCUACCUGCUGAAUCCGUCCUCGACCCCCCUUUUGGUCCUUUGAUCAAUGCGCUAUGCAGCCUCGACCUCAAGGAUAAAAGUCUUGCGAGUAGUUUGUUCCCAAAGAGGGAUCCAACUCAUGUUAUAAGCAGGCUGAUCAACAUCCUCGACAGGGCUCUGGGUGAGUUCAAAGGCAGUGACAUGGACGACGCGACAAUCACCUUGCUUGCGGGGUCGUUGUGCGUUAUUUUUGAGGUUGCACCCGAGCCGGUUCGCAUAUUCAUGCAGGCCAGACUCCUACCUACCGAUGAAGACAGGAAGGAAGUUCUUGGCCGGACGGAGAGUCUGCCAUCAAAGCUCCUGAAGAUGAUGACUAACGCCAUGGCUCCGAGCUCGCGAAAGGCCAUAUCGCAUCUACUUUUUAAUCUUUCAGACAAGGAUGCUGCCAAGUUUGUGGAGAAAGUCGGAUAUGGAUAUGCCUCUGGCUUUCUUUUCGAAGAAAAAAUCCCAGUGCCACAAUCUGCGCUGGGCAGUGAAGGUGCAUCGGGUUCGACAGCGCAAGGAAGAGCUGUCAAUCCCAUAACGGGGCAGUUCCUGGACGCGGAGAAGCUGUCGGAUAUGCCUGAAAUGUCGCAGGAAGAGAAGGAGAGGGAGGCGGAGAGGUUGUUUGUCUUGUUUGAGAGACUCAAAAAGACUGGCAUUAUCGACGUGCAGAACCCGGUUGAGAAGGCAUUCCAAGAAGGCCGCUUCGAAGAGCUUGAGGAGGACGAAGAUGAUGGCGAAGAGAACAUCAAGAAAGCGGGGCCAAAGUACCAAGAAGAUAAUGUCUUCGGUCAUGAUCAGGACAUGCUCACUAGCGAUGGCAUCGUCGCCAAUGGCGACGCUUACGAUGAGCCGCGGGGUACCAUGGGCCAUCUAGGCGACGAAGCUGAUGAUGAAGUGGGCUACAACACGAUGGAGCCCGAGCCUGCUGGCUACAUCAACCCUCUGGCAUCGCAGCCAGUUAGCCACCCAGUCUUCGAUAACCAAGAGUCUAUCGUGCCAACCACUGGUAAAAAACGUGGUCGUCCGUCUCUUUCCAAGUCAUUGUCCCGGAAUGGCACACCCGCGAAAACACCCACUAAACCUGGAAGGCCUUCCAAAACCCCGCGCACCGAGAAAACCUCGAAGGCCGUAGCAACAGCUGUUUCAUCAGGUAAUGCGAAAAAGCGCAAUGCCGAUGCUGCGACUGAUGACGCGCCGCCCGCAAAGAGGGCGCGUGGCGGAAAGCUACUCAAAGCAGAGCGCACUCCUGAGCGCGUUCAGUCUCGAAGGGGCGCUGCUGAAGCGGCCAAGGCCACUUUCAGCACUGCGCUCAGGAAGGCUAAGAUUGUGGAAACCCAGUGCUUCCAAGCCGGGUCGCAAACCCGCUCGCAGGCCUGUUACUGCAAAAGCCGCUUCGGCGACUACUGUUACGGUAGAGGUGGCAGCACCGAAGAGGCGCGGUCGCAAGCCUAA